CUCUCCUCUCUCUGCUGCAGCGGCCAUGCUGCUGUCCGCCGUCUGUCUCGGUGCAUCCCGGUCCUCCGCCGGUGUAGCCUGCCUGCUGCCGCUGCGUCCCUGUAUCCCGGGUUAGCGGAGCGGCCUGGACCGGGUCUGCUCGGUCGUACCGGUGCAGUCCGCCUGGGGCCCCCGGAUCCACGGGAACAGACCGGAACACGGCACCGGGGGAAGAGGAGAAAGCCUCCAUAGCAACAAACCGGUUUCACGGCAUUAUUGUGAUGGAGGGAUGUUAAGGACGCUGGUAGACAAAGUGUGACCGGGACAAACCCCCCGAAGUGAACCGGAUUACAAGGACUACACCCCAGCUGGACUGCUGAGACUCAACGUGCUUGUACCAGGUCUACACAACAAUGCACCGGGUUUAAAGCCGGAACCGUGAGGUUACAGCUGGGUUACUGCGACUGCAGGAAGGUUACUGUGAGGACACGGCCAAAUAAGAAAGUAGAGAGUUGACGUUUGUUGGUGAAACCGUGGAGUUUGUGGCUAUAAUGUUACUGAAAUCUAUACGUUCUGCAUGUCCAUGACCUAUACAUUACGGUGAUCUUUUUUAUUAGGAUUGUACCGAAAUUACAAAGACUUUAAGUCAGUUUAAAUUGACUACGUUCAGGACCAGAACCAGGUAACCAAAAAGUCAAGUUUCAAGGUUUACCCACAUUUUUACUGGUUCUUCAGUAAGGCCAGAGCGUAGAGCGAUAUUUGGACCACAGCUGAAUUUUGAGAAUCUAAAACCACAUUUGAAGGACUACAACCUCAAAGGGUUACAAAGCUACUGGUUCUACAUCUCUGUUUUUGGGAAAACUACUUUAUACUGGGUCUACAAGCAAGUCAAGUUUACAGCACAAACAUCUUAUCAGGACUACAAACUAGAUAAGCAAGAAACGUGGUAACCAGAAUAAAAGUCCUGUUUCUCGCUGUUGGAGGAUGAGUCUUAUGUAGCAGGGACUCUGUUGAACGCUACUGGACCAGUAUUCACAAUGUCUCUGAGUAAGACCCUCGAGCUGGAGCACUUUGACGAACGCGACAAGGUUCGCCGGGGACGCUCCACCAGGGCCAAGAGAGAUGACUCCACGAGCAGUGGUGGAGGUGGGGGUUCUGGCCCCAGCUCCAGGGGCAGCAGCCUGGUUCCUAGCCCUGCCCACAGCGCCAACUGCAGCUACUACCGGACCCGAACCCUGCAGGCGCUCACUUCGGAGAAACGGGCCAAAAAGGUCAGGUUCUACCGCAAUGGAGACCGGUACUUCAAGGGUCUGGUGUACGCCGUUUCCAGUGACCGCUUUCGUUCCUACGACGCACUGUUGAUGGAGCUGACGCGCUCGUUGGCGGAUAACCUGCAUCUGCCGCAAGGGGUGCGCACAAUCUACACUAUAGAUGGCAGCAAGAAGAUCAGCAGUAUGGACGAGCUGGUGGAAGGUGAGUGCUACGUCUGUGCCUCCAACGAGCCUUACCGAAAGGUCGACUACACCAAGAUCUCCAUCCCGAGCUGGAAGCCCGGAGCCAGCGCUGGGACCGGCCAGGCGGGCUCCCCCCGGUCCACCACGGUGUCCACCGGGGUGUCGGCGAGCACCGCCACCCCCUCCAAAGAUCGCCCUGAAGUUCGAGAGGGCAGGGAGAGCAAAGACUUCAUCAAGCCCAAGCUGGUGACGGUGAUCCGCAGCGGCGUGAAGCCUCGCAAGGCGGUGAGGAUCCUGCUGAACAAGAAGACGGCGCAUUCCUUCGAACAAGUUCUGGCCGACAUCACCGAGGCCAUCAAGCUGGACUCUGGGGCCGUGAAGAGGCUCUACACGCUGGAUGGGAAACAGCUGACUUGUCUGCAGGAUUUUUUCGGCGAUGACGAUGUGUUCAUGGCGUGUGGGCCGGAGAAGUUUCGUUACGCUCAGGACGACUUUGUGCUCACACACAGCAGCAAAACACAGCCCUUUUUGAAUGAAUGCAGGGCCAAAGUGUCUCGCUCCGCUGCCCCUCAGAAAACUACAACUCCCAAGACUCCCAGCAGCUCCGGGUUGUCGUCCUCUAAGACUCCACCCAAAGGCCCGGCCAGAACUAAGUCUCCUGCCCCAGCCAAUGAGGGCUCAGGAUCACAGUCAGCGGGGAAGUCGGCCAGGUCCAGCCCCUCCCCCACCAGCCCCGGGACUCGACGCAGCCUCAAGGUCUCUCCUCAUCGUGCAUCUUCCACCGAUGUGAAUGGAGAGACCGAGCAGUCAGACGACACCACUGUUGAAGUGAACGGCAAUCGAUCGGUUUCUUCCUCCAUCAUCAACGAUAAGUACAAAGUUGGCAAAGUGAUCGGAGAUGGAAACUUUGCCGUGGUGAAGGAGUGUGUGGAGAGGUCGACGGGACAAGAGUACGCCCUGAAGAUCAUCGACAAAGCUCGCUGCUGUGGGAAGGAGCAUCUGAUAGAGAACGAGGUGGCGGUGCUGCGGAGGGUUCGGCAUCCGAGCAUCAUCCAGUUAAUCGAGGUGGAUGAAACGCCCUCUCAGCUGUUCCUGGUCAUGGAGCUCGUCAAGGGCGGCGACCUGUUCGACGCCAUCACCUCCUCCACAAAGUACAGCGAGCGUGACGCCAGCGCCAUGGUGUUCAACCUGGCAGGAGCCAUCAAGUACCUGCACCGGAUGAACAUCGUCCACCGAGACAUCAAACCAGAGAACCUGCUGGUGUGCGAGUAUCCGGACGGCACGAAGUCGCUGAAGCUGGGGGACUUCGGUUUGGCGACAGUAGUGGAGGGACCGCUCUACACCGUGUGCGGCACGCCGACGUACGUUGCCCCGGAGAUCAUCGCCGAGACCGGCUAUGGUCUGAAGGUGGAUAUCUGGGCAGCUGGAGUGAUCACCUACAUCCUGCUGUGUGGGUUCCCUCCAUUCAGAAGUGAGAAUAAUGUGCAGGAGGAGUUGUUUGAUCAGAUCCUCAGAGGGAAGCUGGAGUUUCCAUCUCCAGACUGGGACACCAUCAGCCUGCCUGCAAAGAUGCUGAUUAGUCAGAUGCUGCAGGUGAACGUGGAUGCUCGUUUCACGGCCGAGGAGGUCCUAUCACACCCCUGGGUGACGGACGAGGCUCCCGUCGACUCUGCGACUGUGAGCAGCACCGAAGACCCGACCAGCGCAGAAACACUGGAACCAGAGCAGGAGUCACCAGUACUGGAAACCAAACAGGUUCCCUCUCCUCUGGUCUAAAACACAAACCCCUCUCAUCAACUGGAAACUGAACACAACACACUGGUUUAAUUUGAACGUUUCCUCCACCUCUGGUCAAGAACUCACUCCUUGAAACCAGUUCCCGUUUUUUUUUUUUUUUGUUGUUGUCAAUAAAAACUAGAUUUCUAGUUUCAGAGUUCCCUCACUGCCAGUCCAGAACACAUCCUGUUUCGUCUUUUGGAAACCAAAUGACCCUCUGAAAGUCCACCACCAUCCAGUCUAGGAUAGCACAUGUUUUCACCUACUGGACCGAUCUGGUCUAGAACUGUUAUGUACCGGAAACCAAACAAGGUCCCACGUAUCUGGUGCAGAACCUGCCCGGUUUCAAUUACUGGAAACCAAACAAGGUCCCUUGCCUCUGGUCUGGAACAUGCCCCACUUCUACAGAAAACCAAACGAGUUCCUGCCCCUCUGGUCCAGAACCAGUCCUCUUUCCUCUACCGGAAACCAAACAAGUUCCCGCAUUUCUGGUCCAGAACCAGUCCUGUUUCAACCACUGGAAACCAAACAAGUUCCCGCAUUUCUGGUCCAGAACCAGACCUCUUUCUGCUACUGGAAACCAAACAAGUUCCCACAUUUCUGGUCCAGAACCAGUCCUGUUUCAACCACUGGAAACCAAACAAGUUCCCGCAUUUCUGGACCAGAACCAGUCCUCUUUCCUCUACUGGAAACCAAACAAGUUCCCACAUUUCUGGUCCAGAACCAGUCCUGUUUCAAUCACUGGAAACCAAACAAGUUCCCACAUUUCUGGUCCAGAACCAGUCCUGUUUCAACCACUGGAAACCAAACAAGUUCCCUGACCUCUGGUCUAGAACCAGUCCUCUUUCCUCUACUGGAAACCAAACAAGUUCCCGCAUUUCUGGUCCAGAACCAGUCCUGUUUCAACCACUGGAAACCAAACAAGUUCCCUGACCUCUGGUCUAGAACCAGUCCUCUUUCCUUUACUGGAAACCAAACAAGUUCCUGCAUUUCUGGUCCAGAACCAUUCCUGUUUCAACCACUGGAAAACAACAAGUUCCCACACCUCUGGUCUAGAACCAGUCCUGUUUCAAUCACUGGAAACCAAACAAGGUCCCUUGCCUCUGGUCUGGAACAUGCCCCACUUCUACAGAAAACCAAACAAGUUCCUGCCCCUCUGGUCCAGAGUAGAUCCAGUAUGUUUUACUGGAAACCAAACAAACUCCCACACCUCUGGUCCAGAACCAGUCCUCUUUCUUCUACUGGAAACCAAACAAGUUCCCACAUUUCUGGUCUAGAACCAGUCCUGUUUCAACCACUGGAAACCCAACAAGUUCCCUCACCUCUGGUCUAGAACUUGUCCUUUUCCACAGUCUUGAUUGACUUGAAACCCAAUAUGUUCCCUUGGAGCCAGUCUAUAAUUGUUUUGUUGCUUCUACUCAACAAUCGAAUUUCCGUUUUGCCUGCUAGAAACUGAACAGGUCUCAUGAACUCUGGUCUGGGAUACAGGCUAUUUGCUGGAAGUUCCCCAGUAUUAUUUCAAAUUAAACCUGGAAACUGUCCUCAGCUUUCAUCUAGAACAGCAUUUAAUCUACCCAAGACUUUCACAAGUCCUGUCUCUGCUGCUGUACUGGAAAGUAUUUACUUCCUCUUUGAUGAGCUCCAUUAAACCUCUAUCAUAUGUCCAUUUAGAUCUGUAAGAAGAGUCCCAUUUUGUUUUGGCUAGACGCUAAUGAAGUCACCUCACUGCUGCUUGAAGGAUAUAUACCAUAUCAACACUGGAACACCAUGAAGGUGCUAUUAGACUGAUUCACCACCUAGUGUCUCAUGGGACUGGAGCAUUUCCUGAAAACAGCCAUUACCUCCGGUCUGAAUGACACUUAAUUCUGGAGGCUCUGAAAAAAAAGGCCUCAACCCAUUUUCAUUGGGAUAUACACAAUGGUUCAUUUACAAAACACUCCCUCUGGUUUAGGGAUUAUUUUCUCUGUAGUCCCUGCCUCUUGGCGACCAGGAUGUCUUCCAUUAAUACUGGGAAACGUCCCAUUUCUCCUGCCUUUACCCUCCAGCUCUCCUUCUGCUGGCCUGAAGGACGUUUCUCAUUCCUCCUAUGUGGCGCCCAUCAGUCCAAGGAGGUAUUCGAGUACUGUGCCUGUUUACGCUGCUGAUCAAUUCCUCUUAAUAUCCUAAACCUUUCCUCCCCAAGUUCAUCUCCUCAGAACCUAGCACUUGCUAUUUACUAUAUUUACACGAGGCUAAUUGUUUUCAGUUUUUACCAAUUGUUGAGUUAUUGGCACAAAUACAGUUGGAUGAGAAAGUCUAUUACGUUCUAUUGUCUCUACAUUAAGUUUGGAUUGACUAGCUUAGCCUAAAGACAGAAAACUGGGGAAACAGCUAGCCCAGCUCUAAACCAAUAAAGAUCACUUGCUUAACAUUUUAACAUUUAAUUUUAUUAGUUAAACCGAUACACAAGAAAAACAGUACAGCAUAUUAAUCUUCAUUAAACCACAAACAAGAUACAAUGGUUUAAUAAUAAUUCAUCUUUAGACAUGUUUUUGAACCAUGUUUCAGGCUAGCUGUUUCCCCCUGCUUCCAGUCUUUAUGCUAAGCUAGGCUAAUCAGCUCCAGGAUGCGAUCUUUAGUCCAAAUUGUUUUCUGAUUCUCAAAGACACUAGUAGAGAGAUGAUGCAAAUGGAUCGUUUAUAAAAGAACGAUUGCUUUAUAAAUGUUAUUUUUAAGACCUGAUCUCCACUUUGAGUUAUACAUUUUUUUCAAACCAGAAACCAAAAAAAAAAAAAGAGUCCAUAGAUUCAUUUAUGAAAAAUAAAAACUGAAAACAAUGAGCUUUCGACUUCACUGAAGGACAAACUCUAUGACCCAACUCCCGUCCUUCACCCGUCCCCCACGCUUCGUACUGUAUCUCAAAUUAACUCCAAACCUCAACGUUUCAAAAACUGUUUCAACAACCUUUUGAGGUUCCUACCUGCAGUAUGACCGGUCCAAACUCUGACCUCCUACCUGCAGUUAACGGAGGAUAAAAUAUGUUGUAAAUACUGUAAAUACCACUCUGUCUGUUGGUGUCUGUCUGUGUGAGUCAGUUGUGAAGUAGGGAAACAGUAGCAGUUUGAAAAAAAUAAAAAUACUACAGUUAAAAGAAAUAAUCUCAUAGUCAUAGACAUGAUGUGUGAGCACCCUGAAAAAACCUUGUUUUUCCCAAAGAGACACUGUAUCUUGAUAAAGAAAAGAUUUUCCACAUUGAUAUGGAGACAUUUUCACAUUGUGAAAUAUAUUUUCAAAAGUUAGUUAUUGACUCAAUUAAAAAACAGGCAGAAAAAGAACAAGACUCAAGGUUUCUGAAGGGUGUUGACGAACUGUAACGAAAGAGUUCUUACCUUAAAGCCGAGUUCAAGAUCGAUCGAGUAGCAACAAAUAACCGGACGGCGACAGAUCUCUUUCUAUACACGUUCAUGUGUCUGUGACAUCGUGGGUCAUCCACCAAUCAUAUCGCUCCAUCCACACAUCCAUCAUGCUGUCUGUUGAUAUUACUGGUCAUUAGAGUCACUGAGGAUGAAGGAAAGGUGUAUGUGUGUGUGUAAAUAAGUGUGACUGUGGGUAUUUCGUUUUCCACAUUGUAAUGUUUAAACUUAAAAUCACGUGGAAAUGGGAAAAAUAUGAGGUUCCAUUUGUGCAUUUUGUGUGUGUGUGUGUGUGUGUGUGCAUUAAGGGAAAGGGGUCAGUACUUUUAAAACUUGAAACGAAACAUCAGUCGUCAUCUGGAUAAAUGCGUUGACCUGAUGCAGUGUUAUGACCUUACCACGACCUUUCCGUGGCCUUUACCUUUGGCCCGAGCCACUGAUUAAGAAUUUGGCAGGAUGAGCUGCUGAGGUCGCGUCGCAGAGCGUCUGAUGGGUUCUUGAGGGGGAACUUCAAAAACGCACAGGGUUUCAAAGAGUUUUCGAAGAACCAAAUGAAUUCUGUCAAAGAUAAUUUUAAAAACUAAAAAGAUUAAUCACGGACGUUCACAAAUUACCGUUGUCUUGGUCAGAUUUACAUUACUAACCAGCUCAAACGGCAGCAUCACAUUCAGCUUCACCUGGCUUUGUGUUUUUGUGUAAUUGUAGACAGUGAGAAUGAAAACGUAGAUUAUAGUGCUAAAUAUCAAUAUCAGUUGUCAUUCGACAUAAGGAAACCAAUCAUCUUAAAGUCCGUUCUAACACUACUUUCCAACACUAAUGAAGUAUUUAAUACGUCGAUAACAAGUUAGCUCUACUCCACGCCUCACUAUUGAAUUACCGUUGACCCUCGAGGAAACCUGAACUGCAGCCAAACUCUUGUAAUCAGUGGCUUGGCCUUUGACCUUCUAUGCCUGCUAUGAACCCAGUAGUCUUAAUUCUUUUCUCUUUGCUUUAUACCAAACCAAAAGGAGCCUUCUGUUGAUACUGUUAGUGGUGCAGCAACACCAGGGUCAAUGAGCGGCUGAAAUCUGCUCAGUUUAUAUCAUUUUGAGUCUAAUUUGUGAUUGUUCUCUCUGCCAUUAAUGCGCAGUUUACUACAAACAGUACAGUCUUACUGUCUGCAGUAGUAUUGAAGAACCAUAUUGGUGGAUUUGCAUGUUCCAAAAAGGUUUUAGACUGGCGUUGGACUCGUGUUUUUGGUUCGUUUCUUGCAAAAACUCGGUUGAAUUCAUCACUACAAGUCAAUCACAUAACGUUAAUAUUGUUUGUUAAAGUUCCAACUUCUAAUAUCUGCACGUUUUUACAAACUGUGGAGUCAGAAAAAUCAAUCAAACCCAGAAGAGGAACAGGUUCGACAGUCAGCUACUGAAUCUAAAAUAUCCAUGAAUGAGUUUCCGUUAAUGCAGUUCGCAAACGAUAUCAACAAAGAUUGUUUAUCAGGAUUACUAGACAAAAGAAACGUUCCUCUUAUCGUCCAGAUUGUCGGUGCUUUUCAUUGUCUCAGAGUUUCUCAUCUGACCUCGUCUCUCUGUAUUUUUCAGUGAGCUGUUGUUCGUUCCUGAACAGACGUUAACGGAUCGUUUCAGAGACGACGCGUCAAAGACUCAAAGUAACUGAGUAGAUUUCAGAGUGAUUUGACUCAGGGUUGCUGUAGUUAUUCGGCCCUUUGCGUGUGUGUUUUUAUUAACUGCAAUGUGUGUGUGUGUGUGUGUGUGUGUGUGUGAUCAUUUCACAUCAUGCCUCAUUUUCGUCAGAAACUGAUUUUUUUUUUAAUUAAGUGCAGUAGACAAAUUAGGAUUUUGAACCAACCUGUGCUGGUUUUCCUAAAAGAAAUCUCAGAUUCUGAGGUUUAUCAAUGUUUAUUAAUUUAAAGACAAUCCAUUAUCUGGAAUGACAAGACUGAACUUUGAACCUGGAAGCUACAAACCAGAAAAAAAACAUUUGCUGUGUAAAAAGUUAUUUCUUUACAGCUCAAAGUUUCACUGUGAGUAUUUUCAAAUCUAAAUUAAAGCUCAGCUGUCGGUGUUUUUCUGUGAGAUUCUUUUUAGGAAAACUAGUCCUGGCUUGAAGUGGAAGGACACGUGAGAGCAACAGUGUUUUGAGGACAUGUUGUAGACAUGUUUUAAUGCUAACAAUGAUCUGUAAUGUGAUGUGUGUUGAUAUGAAACAUGUAUGUUUGUUGGGAUCAGGGCGUGGGCAUUUGGAGAAAAGAAAACACCCUGAUUUGUAUCAAGAAAAGAUGAAUUCAACUGUGAAAAUAAAACUGAUGCAGUGGCAUCAUGUUAUCCCA